CACAUUCACGUAACGCACGUCUCGCCUUCGCGAUCAAUCCCCUCCUCUUAUUCCCCCAUAUAGGAGUCUGUGUGUCGUCGCUGCUUCUCGCGACCAUCAACGAGGGUUUCAAGAACGGCUGGCAGUUCUCCCGACGAUCCAUCAAUAAACUCACAUCGUCCCGGCCGACGACGCCUUCGAGCCUGCGAGCCAUUUAAUUACCGACUUCGGUCCAAUCCAACUCAUUAGUCAUUCUUUUUUAAUUUACGUACCGUUACGAUGCCUCAGUAUACCUCCCGUGAUGUCGGCGACCCGACCCAGAUCAAGAAGACGAAGCAGUCCAUGGCAGACCUCAAGCUUAGGCGCCUAACGGAGCUGAACAACAGGCUGCGUGAGGAUCUGGACCGGGAACGCAUUCCCGUCAGCACCGCCUCCAAGAGCAUAAUCGCGUACUGCAAUGGUACAAGAGAUUACAUGGUCCCUUCAGUAUGGGGAACUGUGCCCAAGGGCGAGGACCCCUAUGCACCACAACAAUCCGGCGGCUGCUGUGUUAUCAUGUAAUUCCGUUUCUCCCCAGAGGUGGAAGAAUGACCAUCGAUGACGUUUCAAUUGGGCGGGAUUUUUGACGCGGCUUUUUCACUUUUAUUUCUUCCUCUUGUGUGAUAUGGG